AUGCUGGUCACCUCCUUGCUGGCUGCGGCGGCGGGCCUCGCCCGAUUCUCGAACGCUCAAUUCCCCCCUCCGCGUGAAGGAAUCAAAACAGUACGGUCAAAGCACCACGAGGGCAUAACCAUCUCUUACAAGAACCCGGAAAUAUGCGAGACCACACCAGGCGUCAAAAGCUACAGCGGUUAUGUCCAUCUCCCCCCAAACUCACUCAACGAGAAGGGUGAGAACCAGAACUAUCCCAUCAACACAUUUUUCUGGUUUAUCGAGUCCCGCAAGGACCCUCAUCAUGCUCCUCUAUCCAUCUGGCUGAACGGCGGGCCGGGAGCCUCGAGUCUGCUGGGUAUGCUGUCCGAGAACGGGCCCUGCGCGAUCAACGCCGACAGCAACAGCUCGACACUGAACCCGUGGAGCUGGAACAAUGAGGUCAAUGUUCUCUACAUUGACCAGCCAGUCCAGGUUGGUUUCUCGUACGAUACCCUCCACAAUGGGACAUAUGACCUCUUGGCCAUGAAUUUAAUGGACGACUCGCACGAGGAAUCAUUCCCUAUCAAGUUGGAUGAUUUCGCAGAUGGUAUCCCAGAGACCAAUUCAACAUUCUACGUUGGCACAUUUGCGAGCCAGAAUUCGACACUCGCGCCAAACUCGACGGACCAUGCGGCCGUUGCUCUGUGGCAUUUUGCUCAGACCUGGUUUGAAGAGUUUCCCGAGUAUAAGCCCCAUGAUGAGAAGAUCAGCUUGUGGGCUGAGAGUUACGGUGGCCAUUACGGCCCGAAGGUUAUGCACUUUUUCCACAAACAGAACCAGAAGAUCGCCAACGGAGAAAUCUCUGGGCCAGGAACGCAUUAUCUGCACCUUGACACCCUGGGGCUUGUCAACGCGUACAUCGACGUCCUUGUCCAGGAUGAGAGCUACUCCUUCUUCGCCUGGAACAACACUUACGGCGUCAAGGCAGUCAACGACACGAUAAAGCAUAAGCAGCUGUACGAACUCUACCGGCCCGACGGAAUCCUCGACCAGGUCCGGGAGUGCCAGCGCCUCUCCAAAGCCCUCGAGGCCACGGACGGCCCAAACCUGGACGUGAGCUACGUUGAGUCGUACUGCAGCAACGCGUCGGUGUUUUCUGAGGACAUUCUCGUUACGCCGUAUAUGGAAUCUGGCAAAUUUGGCUGGUUCGACGUCACGCAUCCCUCGGCGGACUCCUUCCCCCUAAACUACCACCUGGGCUGGCUGAACCAGGAGUGGGUUCAACGCGCGCUGGGCGUGCCGGUCAACUUCACCUGGGUUUCCCCAAUAGUGUCUCAGGCUUUCGUUAAACAUGGCGAUAUGGCGCGUGGAGGCUACUUGGAAGGCCUGGCGGACCUGCUUGACAACGGUGUCAAGGUCCACAUGAUGUAUGGCGACAGAGAUCUUGCGUGCAACUGGAUCGGCGGAGAGGCGGCGUCCCUCGCGAUCCCACACCGUCAUCAGAAGGCGUUCGCAAACGCGGGCUACACGGCCAUGACGGUGUCGUCGGCUGACCAGCCCCCGUUCGUGCCGUAUGGCCUCACCCGGCAACACGGUAACCUCAGCUUUACCCGUGUGUACCAAUCAGGCCAUAUGGUCCCGAGCUACCAGCCAGAGGCGAGCCUGAGGAUCUUCGAGAGAGCCUUAUUCAACAAGGAUAUCGCCACGGGCACCGUUGACCUUAGGGCCACAGGCGGCUGGAAGAGCGACGUGGACAUCUUUAAGACGGAGGGGACUAGGGAUACGUGGUGGAAGAAGAACGAGCUCAUGCCUGUGCCGAAGGGCCAGUGCUAUAUACUCCAGUCUAUGACCUGUACCAAGGAGGAGAUGGAGGCACUGAGGAAUGGGACGGCAAUCGUCAAAGACUAUCUCAUUGUUGGCAUUAAGGGGGCUGAGGAUGACCAUGCAACGAAAGAUGAAGCCCCAGAAAAUUAUGAGAAGUACUUGGACGGAGAGCAGCAAAAGUUUGUGGGGGUGGAUGAGCUGUGA